AUUUCCCCGGUUUAGCAGAACCCUACUUUUAAGUUUUAACUUUUAACUACUUCGAUUCUGUUCUUGAUCUCUUGUGGUGAAAUAUAAUGAUUUCGAUGCUCCGUCGCGCCGUGUUUCUCCGUCGAUUUCCGGCGGUGAUUUCUCCGAUAAAAAGGGCUUUCAGCAGUAAAAUUCACGAUGAAAUCGAUCCCCAAAUCAUGAAUAUACAUGAGCUGAAUCAGGAAAUGAAGUCAAUCUUUGGAGAAGAACCCUCUCCCGAUGGAUUUUCCGGUCCUACGACAAUGGAUUUCUCUGAGUUGAAAUCCAAAAUUGAACCUUUGAAAUCUGCAAAUCUGGAGAAUUCUGAUUUUAGAUCACAUAUUGAGUAUCAGAAAUCUACGCGCUCGAGCAAGAACGAUUCACAAGCUAUAGAACAAUCUGCAAAAGUGGCUUGUGAUAUGUCUAAGCUAACCCAUGUUGGGAUCUCAGGGGAAGCUCAAAUGGUGGAUGUUUCUUCUAAGGACAAUACUAAGAGAACUGCAUUGGCUUGUUGUAAAGUUAUUCUUGGGAAAAGAGUUUUCGAUUUGGUGUUAGCGAAUCAAAUGGGUAAAGGAGAUGUUCUUGGAGUGGCGAAAAUCGCUGGCAUUAACGGAGCAAAACAAACUAGUAGCUUAAUACCAUUGUGUCAUAACAUUUCUCUUACGCAUGUUCGUGUAGACUUAAGACUAAACCCUGAGGAUUUUAGUGUUGACAUUGAAGGAGAAGCUUCUUGCACUGGAAAAACCGGAGUUGAGAUGGAAGCUAUGACUGCUGUAUCAGUUGCUGGGUUAACGGUUUACGAUAUGUGUAAGGCUGCUUCGAAAGAUAUCAGUAUUACAGACGUGAGACUCGAGCGUAAAACUGGUGGAAAGAGCGGGUAUUGGUCUAGAGGGGAGUGAACACAAAGAAUAUUUGUCUCUGUAGCUAUGGAGAUUGGAACUUCGUUUAGUGCGAUGGCUUGUUCGGACCAGUAAAACCGGCUGCUGCGAGAAGAUCCUGUCAACGUACCAACCGGACAAGUACGGAUUUCUUUAAUUGUAAAGCAUUUGAUAUGGAAUAUGAGAAUUUCACCUAAACCCUAUGAGAAACAAUUUAUGAAGCGAACGUGUUUGAUAGAAAAAUCAAUGCUUGCAACUGUGAAGACUGAAAAGUCAUGAUACACUGUUCAGACUUAAUUCAUAUUAUGUCCACAUU